UCUUGCUAUUUUUCUUCUUAGACUCUACAAGAGAAACCUGCUAUUGUGCCUGCUAUCUGUUCACAUAGCAACAAGGAAAAAAAGACUCAAGAAAACCUCAUUUUCGUAUAUGUUCUAAAGCAUUUUAGAAAUUUCAUAUUUAUAUUAAUAUGGAAGGGAAAUCUUGGUGUUACAAAUCUAUUGCUUUAGUUAUUUUUUCCUCAUGUUAUUUCAUAUGUGUGACUGGCAUAGACAAGCAUUAUGUAAACGAAUGGGCAGCAGAGAUCCCCGGAGGUGCAGAGGAAGCACAACUUCUGGCAGAGGAGCUGGGGUACGAUUUUCUUGGACAGAUUGGGUCACUAGAAAAUCACUACCUUUUGAGUCAUAAGGCUCAUCCUAGAAGAUCGCGUAGAAGUGCACUGAGGGUAACAAAAAGGCUAACGGAUGACACUCGAGUGUCGUGGGCUGAGCAGCAAUAUAUCAAACAGAGAAGUAAACGUUCAUUUAUACGGGAAGACACAGAAAAUCUUUUUAACGAUCCUCUGUGGAGUAAACAAUGGUAUCUUCAAGAUACGAGGGUAAACCCAUCGUUACCUAAACUUGAUCUCCACGUUAUUCCUGUGUGGAGAAAAGGAAUUACAGGCAAAGGUAUUGUUGUAACUGUCCUUGAUGAUGGGCUUGAAUGGAACCAUACAGACAUCUACGCCAACUAUGACCCUGAAGCAAGUUAUGAUUUUAAUGAAAAAGAUAACGAUCCCUUUCCAAGAUAUGACAUAACAAAUGAGAAUAAACACGGUACUAGAUGUGCAGGAGAAGUUGCCAUGGUUGCAAACAACAAGAAGUGUGGUGUUGGCGUUGCAUACAAUGCCAAAGUUGGAGGCAUCCGGAUGUUAGAUGGAGUUGUAACAGAUGCAAUUGAAGCCAGCUCUAUUGGAUUUAAUCCACAACAUGUGCAUAUUUAUAGCGCUAGCUGGGGACCUAAUGAUGAUGGGAAAACUGUAGAGGGACCUGGACGACUGGCAAGGAAAGCUUUUGAAUAUGGAAUUAAACAGGGCCGAAAUGGGAAGGGAUCCAUCUACGUCUGGGCUUCUGGGAAUGGUGGUCACCAAGGAGACAACUGUGAUUGUGAUGGAUACACAGAUAGCAUUUACACUAUCUCUAUCAGUAGUGCUUCCCAGCAAGGACUGUCUCCGUGGUAUGCUGAGAAAUGCUCUUCCACAUUGGCUACAGCAUACAGCAGUGGGGAUUACACAGACCAGAGAAUUGUUAGUGCUGAUUUACACAAUGAUUGCACUGAGACCCAUACAGGAACAUCAGCAUCAGCUCCCCUGGCAGCUGGCAUUUUUGCACUUGCUCUUGAAAUGAACCCAAAUCUAACCUGGAGGGAUAUGCAACACUUAGUGGUCUUUACAUCUGAGUAUGACCCACUGGCCAAUAAUAAGGGUUGGAAGAAGAAUGGAGCGGGAUUAAUGGUCAACAGCAGAUUUGGAUUUGGACUUCUUAAUGCUAAAGCUCUUGUGGACUUAGCUGACCCUAAAACAUGGAAAGAAGUUCCAGAAAAAAAAGAAUGCAUUGUUAUGGAUGAUAAUUUCACACCAAGGUUCAUAAGAUCAGAAGGAGAAAUAACAAUAGAGAUUCCAACAAAAUCAUGUAAAGGACAAGAUAACUAUGUUAUGUCACUUGAGCAUUUGCAACUGGAGACAACCAUUGAAUAUACCCGCCGUGGAGACCUCCAUAUAACUCUUACUUCACCAUCAGGGACAAGCACAGUUCUUCUGACAGAAAGAGAGAGGGAUACAUCACCCAACGGCUUCAAAAACUGGGACUUCAUGUCAGUACACACCUGGGGUGAAGAUCCAACGGGAACCUGGAUUGUAAAAAUCACUGAUGUGUCUGGAAGAACACAAAAUGAAGGAAGAAUUGUGAACUGGAAAUUGAUCCUGCAUGGAACAUCUACACGCCCAGACCAUAUGACCAAUCCCAGAGUGUAUACAUCCUACAAUGUUGUUCAAAACGAUCGAAGAGGAGUUGAAAAAAUGGACUUUAAAAAGGAACAAGUAUAUGAAAGCAAUGUAACGGGUAACCCAACGUCUACUGCAGCUACAGCUGAAAGCAAAGAAGUGGAAGAAAAUGCCAAAUCACAAGCAAUGUUACAUCUUUUACAAAACGCCUUUGAUAAACAAGUUACGGAUGCAACAGAGAACAUAAACAUUCCUAAACACCAUUAUUACCAUGCCCUGGAUAAAUUAAACAAGCAAUCAAAUGUAAAUGACAAUGAGCAUAGCAUAUAUAAUGACUAUAUUGAUCGCUUCUAUAAUAGCAGAGCCUACAAACAUAGAGAUGAUAGACUAUUGCAAGCUUUGCUUAACAUUGUAAACAAAAAGUCAUAAGGAUCGGAAUUAUCUACCCAUGUUGGAAAUAACCAUGCCUCUCAGAUAUUUCAAAAAUUCAUUACUGUUUUUGGCUACCCAAAUAGAGAUCUUUAAUAAUAUAUUUAAAUUGAUAUUUUAGGACAAAAUAAACUGUUUUAUAGAGAUAAAACAUUUUAUUUUUUACCUAACUAAGCCCAUAAUAUUUUAUAUAGUGAUCAGGUUAAUUUUAAGGAUAAAUAAAAUAAACACCCAUCCUACCUGCUAAUAUAGACUUUUGUAUGGCUAGUUCUGGGUGCUUCUUAUGAUAUAUGGAGUAACACACUAGACACGCAUCAUUGGAAGAAUAGUAGGACAGCAUACAUCUGUGUUAUGUUAAUUAAUCUGAGCACUAAAUAAAGUAUAUUAACAGUACCCUUAGUCAAAAAUGCAAGUGUUCUGUCAAUACAUUUUAGAUGAUAUUUUAGCUGUUAAUGCAUUACGUAAUUGCCUUCCAAAAAGAAAUCUUUAUUUUCACAAAUUAUAAAAUUGUUGGCACAUUGUGUUGUGUUUACUACAUAACUAAGAUUUAUUUUUUCUAUUUAUUAACAUUAUUUAAUGCUGCUAAAUUUUAUUGGUACAUUGCUAAAUUUACAACAAUACAUGUACCAUUUCUUAAUUAUUCCAUAUUUAUUAAUGUUAUUAUUUGAAUUACCAGAAUUGCAUUCAGCACUUUAAAUGUACUUCAAUCACUGGGAAACAAAUUCCAUAUUUACUAAACAUAAUACUCAUCUCUAUGCACCGCUUAAUAAAUACAGUAUUUAUUAAGUAGUACAAUAUUACAGUAUAUCAUUAAUAUGCAUUUAUGUACUACGAAGAACAGUUUCAAUGAAAACAAAAACAUUAGUGAGAUCAUUUAACCCCUUGUCUACCAUAGUGGACAACCAAAUCCCAGUGCUUGACUAGAUUUACACUCAAUCUAGUGGUAUCUGCCAAAGGUUUGUUGCAAAAUAAAUUAUAAUUUAUUUGAUAGUUACAGGACAAAUAAUUUGAAAAGUCUAUAUUAUUUAUUAAUGGUUUAUUAGUUGCUAUAUUUGCCAAACAUGUCAUCAGUGUUUACAGAUUCCAGUAGAGUAUGCAAGUCAGCACAUUAAGAGAUUUGUUUAUUGAUUCAUCAAAUUGAUAUUUAUCUUUUUUUGAACACAGCAAAUCAACAUAUAUAAAAUAACAUUUAAGAAGCAUAACAAAACAAUAUGUAAAUAGUGCACAAACACAACGAACAUUUUAGUUUUAUUGAAUGUUUUUAAUUUGAUUUGAAGUUUGACAUGUAUGUUCCUGGCAGUUGCAAGCUCUCUGCUUCACUUGAACAUAUUUGAAAAUAUAUUAAAUUAAAAUACAAAUAUUAGUUUAACAUGUUCUAAGCCCAGAAAUUCCCCUGCAUUCUGGUAAAAUGUGCUGGCUUGCCAACACUCAUAGCUAUACAGUAAUCAUUGUAACUAUAUACUGUAUGCCAGCAGGUAUAUUGAUAUAAAUGUGCAAUUUAUUUGACCCAAUAUCCUCCACUCCUGUCUUACAACCUGAUAAUUAUUAAAUUGAAUUGUAGCAAUUUACUUGUGCAUGUAACCGUUUUAUGUAAAGGAAAAAGAAUACAGCUAGAUAUUUUAUCAAAAUGUAAAACUCUAUUUUCUUUACAGGUGCUGUAUAUUUUUACGUCAAAACUUUUAUCAAUAUAGGGAUUUAAACAGACGCAUUAAAAUGUAAAAUAAAGCCUUUUUUCUCGACAGAGAUAACCAUUUCAUGAAAUAAAAUAUUUUUCAAUGGCAUGUUCCAACAACAAGAA